AUGUAUGAUGUGAUGUUUGCAAAUGAUGUGAAUGAUGUGAUUAUCGCAAAUGAUGUGAUGUUUGCAAAUGUUGUGAAUGUUGUGAUUGACGCAAAUGAUGUGAAUAAUGUGAUUGACGCAAAUGUCGUGAUUGUUAUGAUUGUCGCAAAUGUUGUGAAUGAUGUGAUUGUCGCAAAUGUUGUGAAUGAUGUGAUUGUCGCAAAUGUCGUGAAUGAUGUGAUUGUUGCAAAUGUCGUAAAUGAUGUGACUGUCGCAAAUGUUGUGAAUGUUGGGAUUGUCGCAAAUGUCGUGAAUAAUGUGAUUGUUGCAAAUGAUGUGAAUGUUAUAAUUGUCGCAAAUGUUGUGAAUGAUGUGAUUGUCGCAAAUGUUGUAAAUGAUGUGAUUCUCGCAAAUGUUGUGAAUGAUGUGAUUGUCGCAAAUGUCGUGAAUGAUGUGAUUGUUUCAAAUGUUGUGUUUGUAGCAAAUAAUGUGAUUGUUGCAAAUGUCGUGAAUGAUGCGAUUGUCGCAAAUGUCGUGAAUGAUGUGAUUUUCGCAAAUGUUGUGAAGGAUGUGAUUAUCGCAAAUGUUGUGAAUGUUGUGAUUGUCGCAAAUGUCGUGAAAGAUGUGAUUGUUGCAAAUGAUGUGAUUGUCGCAAAUGUUGUGAAUGUUGUGAUUGUCGCAAAUGUCGAGAAUGAUGUGAUUGUCGCAAAUGUCGGGAAUGAUGUGAUUGUUGCAAAUGUCGUAAAUGAUGUGAUUGUCGCAAAUGUUGUGAAUAAUGUGAUUGUUGCAAAUGUCGUGAUUGAUGUGAUUGUCGCAAAUAUCGGGAUUGAUGUGAUUGUCGCAAAUGUCGGGAUUGAUGUGAUUGUCGCAAAUGUUGUGUUUGUAGCAAAUAAUGUGAUUGUUGCAAAUGUCGUGAAUGAUGUGAUUGUCGCAAAUGUCGUUAAUGAUGUGAUUUUCGCAAAUGUUGUGAAGGUUGUGAUUGUCGCAAAUGUCGGGAAUGAUGUGAUUGUCGCAAAUGUCUUGAAUGGUGUGAUUGUCGCAAAUGUCGUGAAUGAUGUGAUUGUCGAAAAAUGUUGUGAAGGAUGUGAUUGUCGCAAAUGUCGGGAAUGA